AUGAUGCACAGAAGAGGAGGUAAACGUAUCCGGAUGGACGAUCCGGUGCCACCAGAGUAUGAAACUCCAAUGACACCUAUGACACCAAUGAAUGACAAUUCGGGUGGAGAUGCAAAUGAUUCUUACAGCGGGUACACAUCGUAUAAUCAAGCAUCUCAAACUCCAUUACACAAUCCUACUCCAGAGCAUUAUUCCUCAGAGAGCUAUAGUUCACCAGGUACAUCUCAACAGCAAUACCAAGAGCAGUCAGGAAACUUUGACAAUCAGACACAGUUCGAAGCUCCCAUGACACCUGCUACUCCUAACAUGAGGAUUACAAGAAAUACACGUGCCAGGAUGCGUGGAGGUGUGGUACAGCAACCUAAGUACAAAGAAAUCGAUGCUGAUUAUACUCCAUCACCUAGUGGAAGAGGCAGAGGUAGUGGUGGAAGAGGACGUGGCAAAAGAACACAUCACUCACAUAGUCUGGAAGAUGAAGCUAGUCUUUACUACGUUAUUAGAAAUAAUCGUUCUACACUUACUACUAUUGUCGAUGAUUGGAUAGAAAAGUACAAGAGUAACAGAGAAAAUGCGCUACUUAUGUUGAUGCAAUUUUUUAUUAAUGCAAGUGGUUGUAAGGGUCGUAUUACUUCUGAAAUGCAACUUACCAUGGAACAUGUAGCGAUUAUUCGUAAAAUGACCGAAGAAUUUGACGAAGAAAGUGGUGAAUAUCCAUUGAUAAUGACGGGACAACAAUGGAAGAAGUUUCGUACGAACUUUUGCGAGUUUGUGCAAAUUCUUGUUCGUCAGUGCCAAUACUCUAUUAUAUAUGAUCAGUUCUUAAUGGAUAAUGUUAUUUCUUUGUUGACUGGACUCUCAGAUUCACAAGUUAGAGCAUUUAGGCACACCGCAACACUCGCAGCCAUGAAAUUAAUGACAGCCUUGGUAGACGUUGCUUUGACUGUCUCUAUUAAUUUGGAUAACACGCAACGACAGUAUGAAGCUGAGAGACAGAAGGCUCGAGAAAAAAGAGCAGCAGACAGAUUGGAAUCUUUAAUGGCAAAACGAAAGGAAUUGGAAGAAAAUAUGGACGAAAUUAAGAAUAUGCUUACAUACAUGUUCAAGUCGGUCUUCGUUCACAGAUACAGGGAUACAUUGCCGGAGAUACGUGCAAUUUGCAUGGCAGAAAUUGGAGUUUGGAUGAAGAAAUUCCACCAGAAUUUCUUAGAUGAUUCUUACUUGAAAUACAUAGGUUGGACGUUGCAUGACAAAGUUGGAGAAGUCAGACUCAAGUGUCUGCAGGCAUUGCAGCCAUUGUACGCUUCGGAGGAAUUAAAAACAAAGCUCGAGCUCUUUACCAGCAAAUUUAAGGAUAGAAUCGUCGCAAUGACGCUGGACAAGGAGUACGACGUGGCGGUGCAGGCUGUAAAGCUGGUUAUCUCGAUCCUUAAACAUCAUAGAGAGAUUCUCACUGAUAAAGAUUGCGAGCACGUAUACGAGCUUGUUUAUUCGUCUCAUCGUGCGGUCGCGCAAGCGGCUGGUGAAUUCUUGAAUGAACGUUUGUUCCGCCCAGACGACGAAGCCGUAGAGGGAGUGAAGACCAGGCGCGGCAAAAAGCGAUUGCCGAAUACGCCUCUCAUACGUGACUUGGUUUUGUUCUUCAUCGAGUCCGAGUUGCAUGAGCACGGAGCGUAUUUGGUUGACUCUCUGAUCGAAACUAACCAAAUGAUGAAGGACUGGGAAUGCAUGACGGACCUUUUGCUAGAGGAAGCCGGUCCUGAUGAGGAAGCGUUGGACAAUCAGAAGGAAACUUCCCUCAUCGAGUUGAUGGUUUGUUGCAUUAAACAAGCCGCUACGGGCGAGGCGCCGGUCGGUCGAGGACCCACUCGGAAGAUCUUAUCAGUAAAGGAACUGAAGCAAGUUCAAGAUGAUAAGCAAAGACUGACGGAACAUUUCAUUCAAACGUUACCGCUUCUGUUGGACAAAUACAGGGCGGAUCCUGAGAAACUGGCCAACUUGCUCGCGAUCCCACAAUACUUUGACCUGGAUAUUUAUACAAAAUCUAGACAAGAGAUAAAUCUGGAUUCCUUAUUAAGUAAAAUUCACACCAUUGUAGAAAAAAUGCACGACACUGAAGUCUUAGACACGGCGGCUAAAACUUUAGAACACAUGUGUGUGGAAGGCCAUGCUAUCUUCACCAGAUGCGACGUCGCUCGAUCUACUUUGAUCGAUUAUAUAGUAAAUAAAUAUAAAGAAGCUAUCGAUGAAUACCGGAAUUUAAUAGAAGGAGAUGAAGUCCCAGAUGAGGAUGAGACUUUCAAUGUUAUCCAGUCACUCAAGAAAGUCUCUAUCUUCUAUUCUUGUCACAAUAUGAAUCCGUGGAAUAUAUGGGACUCUUUAUACAAAGACAUAGAAGAUGCGAAGGAUCCUUCGAAAUGCUUACCGUUCGAUGCAGUUAAGUAUUGCAUAAGCGCUUGUUUCUUCGCUAUUUUGUGGGGCCAAAAUCACUUGAUGGAAACCACGGACUCUGGCAAUCGCGGCGAAGAUGAAUGCCGAGAACUGAAGGAACGGUUACACUCGUUCAUGGGCUCGAUGCGCCAUUUCGUUAGCGGCGACAAUAACGUCACUCCGUCACCACCGAUAUUGAGGGAAGAAGCAUAUAACACGAUAUGCGAUCUGUUAGUGGUGUUUUGUAAUCAGUUGACUACACAUAACAAUAUACUGAUGCAUCAGUUGGUGUACGAACCCGAUCAGGCAAUGCAGAACAUGCUUAACCGGUUUAUACAAGAAUACGUCUUCUUUGAAGAGGAGGAUGAUGAACACGACGAACACUCCAAGAUCGAGGAGUUGCACAAGCGAAGGAAUUUCUUAGCAGGUUACUGCAAGCUAAUCGUUUACAAUAUGAUUCCUACGAAAGCCGCGGGCGAGGUAUUCAAGCAUUACGUUAAAUAUUAUAAUGAUUACGGCGACAUCAUUAAAACCACGCUGGGAAAGGCGAGAGAUAUCAACAAAACGAAUUGCGCGCUAACAAUGCAGCAUAGUCUGAACAUCCUGUACAACGAAAUAGUGGCUGAAAAAGGCAAAGUGAAUCGAAACAGCGAAGAAUUCACUGCAAUCAGAGAACUCGCAAAGCGGUUUGCUUUGUCCUUCGGUUUAGACGCCGUGAAAAAUCGCGAAGCGAUUACGGCUCUGCACCGUUCGGGCGUGUUAUUUGCCAUUACUCCACCAGACGGUAUCGAACAGGACCCUACAGGCCCGCCACCGAAUCUACCAUAUCUUGAAAUAUUGUCCGAAUUCACGAAUAAACUUCUCAAACAAGACAAGCGUGUUGUUCUUAACUUCCUGGACAGACGAUUGCAAGCUGGAAUGCCGUCGUCGCGAGGGGAAGACUGGCAACCUUUGCUCUUGUACAGAAACAGCUUGCUGCAUGGCGAGACUGACCAAGUUCCAGUGACGAGUAAACGAGCUUAUACAAGGCGCAAGAAGGAUCAAUUAGCUGAGGAAGAAGAAGCGGAUGAACCUGAUGAAGGUUCUGAUCAUGAGUUUUCAGGCAAGCAUAAAAAAAAACGUGCUCCAAGGAAAAAUCAAUUACCAGUUAAUAAAGUAGUGAUAACGCGUGGGCCCAAAAUGAAUACAUUCUAUGAAAAUAACGAUGCCGCUCAAGUGCAAACGUCACCCUUAGCUACUAUAGAAGAUACGUCGACAAGUCCAUCGCAAGAUAUCGAUAGUAAACUCAAGACAUUACAAAUACAGUCAAGAUCACGAAGAAGUCAAGAGCAUGUGGAACAUAGAGAAUUGCGGAGGACUUCUAGAAAUUCAGGCAGAUAUGUUGAGGGGCAAUAUAUGGAAUCUGAUUCCGAAUAAGAUGUGUAUAAUCCCUAAAAGCUUUACUUAUCCCUAAAAUUAGAUAAUUGGAUUGUGAUACAUGUUCAAAGCAACUAUGCCAUCUGAGAAUUAUGGAAAAAUAUAUUUAAGUUAUAUGGCAUGAAAAGGCUUUCGGAGCGAGUAUUAAUAAAUUAUAGUAGAUCAGCUAUUAUCAGUUAUGUUACAAAAAUAGUUACGUAAGUAAAAUCCUUACAGUUUUCCCGUGAAAUUAAGUUUAUUUCAUUAUAUGUUCCGUUAUAAAUACUACAAUA